AUGUAUCUAUCUCGGCCUGUUCUUUAUCUAUCUAUCUAUCUAUCUAUCUAUUCGUAUCUAUCGCUCUCGGCCUGUUCAUAUCUAUCUAUCAAUUCACAUCUAUCUCGGCCUGUUCAUAUCUAUCUAUCUAUCUAUCUAUCUAUCUAUCUUUAUUUUGUUGUCAUCUCUCAUAAACCCGUCUGUGCUUUAUCUAUCUAUUUAUCUAUCUAUCUAAAGUCUGUUCAUAUCUAUCUAUCUAUCUAUCUAAAAUCUGUUCAUAUCUAUCUAUCUCCACCUAUUUUCUCAUAUUUUAGUCUAUUCCUGAUCUAUCUUUCUAUCCAUAUAAAGUCUGUUAAUAUCUAUCUAUUUAUCUAUCUAUCUAUCUUUCUAUCUAUCUAUCUCCGCCUAUUUUCUCAUAUUUUAGUCUAUUGCGGAUCUAUUUAUCUAUCUAUCAAUCUAUCUUUCUAUCUAUCUAAAAUCUUCUGCUCAUAUCUAUCUAUCUAUCUAUCUCCGCCUAUUUUCUUAUAUUUUAAUCUAUUCCUGAUCUAUCUAUCUAAAAUCUGUUCAUAUCUAUUUAUCUAUCUAUCUUUCUUUCUAUCUAUCUCCACCUAUUUUCUCAUAUUUUAUCUGUUCAUAUCUAUCUAUAUAUCUAUCUAUCUAUCUAUCUAUCUAUCUAUCUAUCUAUCUCCGCCUAUUUUCUCAUAUUUUAGUCUAUUGCUGAUCUAUCUAUCUAUCUAUCUAAAAUCUGUUCAUAUCUAUCUAUCUAUUUAUCUAUCUAUCUAUGUAUCUUCUCCCAGGUUGCCGGGUAUAGGCACCCCGGGGGAAAAGGUUGGCUGCUGCGCCGUAUGUCUUUACACCAGUCAUCAUCACCACCUUUUAAAUGAGGGCCAGCGCCGGUACUCUGUCCCAUCUAACUAUCUAUCUAUCUAUCUCAGUCUGUUCAUAUCUAUCUAUCUAUCUAUCUAUCUGAGCCUGUUCAAAUCUAUCAAUCUGUCUAUCUAUCUGUCUUUCUAUCUUUCUAUCUGUCUGUCUAUCUAUCUACCUAUUUAUAUCUAUCUCUAUCGCUCUGUUCAUAUCUCGACCUGUUCCUUUAUAUCUAUUUUGCCUGUUCAUAUCUAUCUAUUCUAUGCUCUCUCCGCCUCCUAUUCAUAUCUAUCUAUUCAUAUCUCUCUCCGCCUGUUCAUAUCUAUCUAUCUAUUCAUCUCACUCUUCUCUUUCCCUCUCUCUCUCUCUCUCUCUCUCUCUCUCUUUCUCUCGUCUAUCUAUCUAUCUAUGACAUAUUGUUCUUUAUUUAUCUCUCUCUGUAUCUCUCUGUUCAGAUCCCCAUCUAUCUCAGCCUGUUAUCUAUCUAUCUAUCUAUCUAUCUAUCUAUCUAUUUAUUUUUUUUUUUUGGCGGGGGGGCGACCCUUUUUCAGAGAAAAUCGUAUAUCGAAAUGUUGA